AUGUCUUUCCAGAACUUUGAAUCGUUCCAGAACCAGCACCCUGCUGCUGACGCUGCUGCUGCCGCUCCCGGUGCUCCCGCUACUGCGGACACCACCAUGACUGGGCAGGCUGACCCGACUACUGCCCCCUUCCAGGGCCCGGCCCCCGGUGAGCCCACUGCUGCUCCCGUCCCCCAGCAGGCCAAUGAUGGCAAGACUACUCUCUGGAUGGGCGAGCUUGAGCCUUGGAUCGACGAGAACUUCGUCCGUAACCUCUGGUUCCAGAUGGGUGAGCAGGUCAACGUCAAGAUGAUCCGUGACAAGUUCUCUGGUAGGAGCAACGCCGGCUACUGCUUUGUCGACUUCGCGUCUCCCGCUGCUGCUGCCAAGGCUCUGUCCCUGAACGGCACUCCCAUGCCCAACACCAACCGCCUGUUCAAGCUGAACUGGGCCACCGGUGGAGGCCUUGCUGACCGCAGCCGUGAUGACCGCGGUCCCGAGUACUCUAUCUUCGUUGGCGACCUGGGCCCGGAGGUCAACGAGUAUGUCCUCGUUUCUCUCUUCCAGAGCCGCUUCCCGUCCUGCAAGUCCGCCAAGAUCAUGACCGACCCCAUCAGCGGCAUGUCCCGCGGAUACGGCUUCGUUCGUUUCUCCGAUGAGAACGACCAGCAGCGGGCCCUGAGCGAGAUGCAGGGUGUGUACUGUGGUAACCGCCCCAUGCGCAUCUCCACUGCCACCCCCAAGAACAAGGGCCCUGGAGUUGUUCCCGGUGCUAUGGGCAUGCCCGGCCCCGCAGGCAUGUACCCUCCCAUGGGUGCGCCCCCUAUGGGCUUCUACGGUGCUCCCCAGCCCAUGAACCAGUUCACCGACCCCAACAACACCACCGUCUUUGUUGGUGGCCUGUCCGGCUACGUCACCGAGGAUGAGCUGCGCUCUUUCUUCCAGGGAUUCGGCGAGAUCACCUACGUCAAGAUCCCCCCUGGCAAGGGCUGCGGUUUCGUCCAGUUCGUCCAGCGCCACGCUGCUGAGAUGGCCAUCAACCAGAUGCAGGGAUACCCCAUCGGUAACUCCCGUGUGCGUCUGAGCUGGGGUCGCUCUCAGAACAACUCGGGCCCUGCCGGAAGCCCCUACCGCCCUGCUCCCCCCCCGCCCCCCAUGUACCCCUCGAUGGGCAUGCCCCCGGCUCACCAGUACGGCGGCUUUGCGCCUAUGAAGGUUGGUUCUCCCUCGGUCACCCCCUCGUAA